UUGUUUCUUUUUCUUUUCUUUUUUAAAUUCUUCUUCUUCCGCGAUUAAAGAAUCUUUAGGGUAGUGGUAAUUUUUCAAAGCGGUAAAGGUAUCGAUAUUGAUUUGAGAUUUUUUGAAAAAUAUGAAGCGAUCGCGGAAAACGAACAGAGUUUCUUGGGCUCCAGCUGUUAAUCUUUGUCAGGUGAAGCUGUUUUUGAAAGAGGAUUGCCCCUCGAAGGUUGGUGGUGAACAUCGACACACUCUUCAAGCAAAACCAUCAUGGGCAUUGCAUCCAAGUGGCAUGUGUGCUAAUGAUGACCUUUCCCCUGGGUUUGAAGGUGGUCAUUAUGCAGGUGGAUUUAAGUGCAAUCUAGCUAAGAUACCCAUCAUCCAAUGGAAAACCCCACCUAAGCAGUUUGCCCUGAAUUUUAACUGGCAAGUUGUAGCCGGUGAAGAGAGCAAGGAAGUGGAGGCUCAAAAACUGCGGGAAAAGAGAGUGCUUGAAGCAGUUUAUCCUCGCCUCUCCGUCGUUCCUCCCAAUCCUCUUGUUUUUCGGGAUGUGGAAGUCGAACACUAUGAUGAUAGCCGAAUCCCUCUUGUUCCUCUAAAUCCAAUUGAAGAUGAUGAGGGAGCAGAUGUAUCUUCUGGUAUUGCUGCUCAAACAAAAACUCCCUUUAAAUUUGAGACACCAGCAUUGCUAAUGCCCCCAGGUCGGUCAUACUCUGAAACUCCUGCACAUUGCCAUAGUUCAGCUGCCGAGGGACUGAUACCCGGUGCAAGUUCUGAUGUGAUGGCAGCUGCUUUGACUGCCUUAACUACAGUCAUGAAAAGCAAAGAACAAGGAAGUAUGGUCGACACCGAUUUGCUUGUUAAAAUCCUUAGUGAUCCAAAAAUGGUUGAGAAAUUAAUUCACAAUCCCGGACAUGCAAGUGCUGCUGCCGAUGGCAAUUUGAUAAGUGCACCUUCAUCUGUUUCACCAGAAACAGUAGUUACUUCCUUACCCUGUUCAAAACCUGCUACAAUUUCAUCAACUCCGGCAGUAAGAUAUUCAAACAACGUAGAAAAAGAGUUCCGACCUGCGUUAAGUAUGCCAGUUUCCAGGGCCAACAUCGUUUCCAAUUCUAUGCCUACGAGAGUCGAGCCGUCAUCGUUUCCCUUCCCCAGUACCGGUGCAACCAUAAAUAUGAAUUCAGGACAUAGGGUAGCAAAUGGUACUACCUCUUCUUACUCGAGAAUGAACCAGGUACAAUCCGCUCUUGGUAUGAUGCCGGUGCAGCCGGCCAUUGUUUCAACAACAGCCAUGCAAGCAAUGGAAGCAAACACAGUGAAGGAUGCUAACUAUUAUAAGAAUCUGAUAAGGGAACAUGGGAGAGAAAAGGAAGAAGCUAAAGCAUAUAAUAUCUCACAAACUGGGAAUCAUUUAAUUCAUAGCCAGCAGAACAUAGAACCUGGUGCAUCAAACACCAUGUUUCGGCAUCAUUGCAUGUUUUAUAACCGUUCAAAGGGGUUUAAUCAGGGGUCCAAUUACCCCUACUUGCAUGAUAACAAGUCAUUACAGCGGCAUACUGACAGAACGGUGGAAGAUCCAUGUGCUAAGAGAAUGAAAUUGAGUGGAGAAAUUACUGGUAGGAUCUAAGUAGGACGGAUGCCUUUGUUUUCCAGGGAAUUACCCCUUCCUUUCCUUUCAAAGCGUGUACAUACUUUCUUUUCGGUUA